AUGAACGGCAGCCAGGAACCACAGGCUGAAAGCCAGAUGUCACAGGUUCUGCUACUGGUUUUGACACUGAGUGCAGGACACCCAUCCUCACCACCCGUGGUGAACACCGUUUAUGGGAAAGUCCUGGGGAAGUAUGUCAGCUUAGAAGGAUUCACACAGCCUGUGGCCGUCUUCCUGGGAGUCCCCUUUGCCAAGCCUCCUCUUGGAUCCCUGAGGUUUGCUCCUCCACAGCCUGCAGAGCCCUGGAGUUUUGUGAAGAAUGCCAUCUCUUACCCUCCUAUGUGCUCCCAAGAUGCGGUGAGAGGGCAGAUGGUCAAUGACCUCCUAACCAACAGAAAGGAGCGCAUUCCUCUUCAGUUUUCUGAAGACUGUCUCUACCUCAAUAUUUACACCCCUGCCGACUUGACAAGGAGCAGCAGGCUGCCAGUGAUGGUGUGGAUCCAUGGAGGAGGACUGAUAGUGGGUGGAGCAUCCACCUAUGAUGGACUGGCCCUCUCUGCACAUGAAAAUCUGGUGGUGGUGGCCAUUCAGUAUCGCCUGGGCAUCUGGGGAUUCCUCAGCACAGGGGAUGAACACAGCCGGGGGAACUGGGGUCACUUAGACCAGGUGGCUGCACUGCGCUGGAUCCAGGACAACAUUGCCAAUUUUGGAGGGGACCCAGGUUCUGUGACUAUCUUUGGAGAGUCAGCAGGAAGUGAAAGUGUCUCUGUUCUUGUGUUGUCUCCUCUGGCCAAGAACCUCUUCCACAGAGCCAUUUCUGAGAGUGGUGUGGUCUUCACUUCCGGUUUAUUUAUGGAGAAUACCACUUCACUGACUGAAAAAGUUGCUGCUAUUGCUGGGUGCAAAACCACCACAUCGGCUGUCAUUGUUCACUGCCUGCGCCAGAAGUCGGAGGACGAGCUCUUGGAGGUCAUGCAAAAAGUGAACUUCUUUAAGCUUGAUUUGCAAGGAGACACCAAAAAGCACUACCCCUUUACGCCAACUGUGCUUGACGGAGUGCUGCUGCCCAAGGCCCCAGAAGAGAUUCUGGCUGAGAAGAGUGUCAACAAUGUCCCUUUCUUAGUGGGGAUCAACAAGCAAGAAUUCGGCUGGCUGCUGCCAAAUCUAAUGGAAUUUCCACCUACUGAUGUAAAACUGGACAAGAAGAUGGUCACAUCACUCCUGACGAAGUCUGCUUAUUUCUUCAACAUACCAGAGGACAGGAUUCCAGCUGCCAUGGAGAAGUAUUCAAUAGACACAGAUGACCCAGUCAGAAACAGAGCCAUGCUCCAAGAGUUGAUUGGGGAUGUGAUGUUUGGGGUACCAUCUGUGAUUGUGUCUCGUGGCCACAGAGAUGCCGGAGCCCCCACCUAUAUGUACGAAUUUCAAUAUCAUCCAAGCUUCUCAUCAGAAUUGAAACCCAAGACUGUGAUUGGAGACCACGGAGAUGAAGUCUACUCAGUCUUCGGUGCCCCAAUCUUAAGAGAAGGUGCCUCAGAAGAGGAGACCAACCUCAGCAAGAUGGUGAUGAAAUUCUGGGCCAACUUUGCUCGGAAUGGGAACCCCAAUGGGAAGGGGCUGCCCUAUUGGUCAGAGUAUGAUCAGAAGGAAGGGUACCUGCAGAUUGGAGCCACCACCCAGCCAGCCCGGAGACUGAAAGAUAAGGAAGUGGCUUUCUGGACUAAGCUUAGGUCCAAGAAGCCAUCACAGAAAGUACAUACUGAGAUAUGAAUAGGAAGCUCUUCCAGCCUCAGGAGACCAGAAAAGUCAAGAUAAAGCUACUCCAUAGAAGAUGUUUCUUGGCCAGUGAUGAAUCUUUGAGAAGACUGGAGAAUUUUGUUAUGGGGAUGGGCUGGGGACAGGGGGAGAAUGGUUGUACC